AUGGCUCCCAACAUCGGUAUCAGCACUCGCACUGCCGAGCUUGAGGUAGCUCAGGCUGAGGCACCCAGGUUCGAGCAUGUCGUCUGGUACAAGGAGCCGCAUCUGCGCAAGUUGUACGUGUGCGCAGCUGUUCUCAUGGUUGCCUCGGCCACAACUGGCUACGACGGAUCUCUGCUCAAUGUCUCGCAGCAGAUCGACGAGUGGAAGUCGUUCUUCGACGUUGCCAUCAAGGAUGACAACAAGCUUGGUAUCCUGAUCAACAUGUUCAACAUUGGUUCCAUCAUCUCCUUCUUCAUCACCCCAUAUGUCGCCGAUACCUACGGCCGAAGGACCGCCAUCGCCUCUGGUUGCACGCUCAUGGUGGCUGGAGGUUGCGUUACUGCCUUUGCCAACGGAUACGAGAUGUACCUCGGUGGUCGUUUCAUCCUCGGUUUCGGCAACUCGCUCGCCCAGAUGUCGUCGCCCCUGCUUCUUACCGAGAUCUGCCACCCGCAGCACCGUGGCCCCGUCACUGCCAUCUACAACUGUCUCUGGAACCUCGGAGCUCUCCUGGUCGCCACCAUUGGUGCCGGCACUGCCCAGAUCAGAAACGACUGGUCGUGGCGAUCCAUCACCUUCCUCCAGAUCGCGCCCUCCGUCAUCCAGCUUGUUGGCAUCUGGUGGAUCCCCGAGUCGCCUCGUUACCUCGUCAACAAGGACCGCAACGAGGAGGCCCUGAACGUCCUCGCCAAGUGGCACGCUGGCGGCGACACCAACAACGCCACCGUUCAGUUCGAGUUCCGCGAGAUCCGGGAUGUCAUCAACGCCGAGAAGAACGCCGACAAGGCCACGAGCUACAUGGACUUUUUCCGCACCAAGGGCAACCGAUGGCGGUUGGCAAUCAUCAUCUCGCUCGGUGUCAUCUCCCAAUACUCUGGCAACGCCAUCUUGUCCAACUACGUCGACAUUGUCUACGAGGGUGCUGGCAUCAAGGACCAGAACACCAAGCUGGCCAUCUCUUGCGGAAAGACCGUCUUUGAUCUCAUCGUCACUAUCACCGCUGCCUUGAACGUUGACAGGUUUGGUCGUCGCCCGCUGUUCCUUGUUUCCGUGUUCGGUAUGGUCGGCUCGUUCGCAUGCUGGACCAUCACCGGAGCCGUCUACGAGAACUCGGGCGAGACCAACGCCGGCGCCGGCUACGCACAGAUCGUCUUCAUCUGGAUCUUUGGUGCUUUCUACGGCAUUGGUUUCUCGGGUCUCCUGGUCGCCUACGCUCUCGAGGUCCUUCCCUUCCACCUUCGUGCCAAGGGUAUGAUGAUCAUGAACAUUACCGUGCAGGCUAUCUUGGCCCUUGGAAACCAAACCAACAAACUCGCCUGGAACAAUAUGCCCAACCACUGGAACUUCAUGUUGUUCUACACCCUCUGGGACACGGUGGAGCUCAUCUUUGUGUGGUUCUUCUACGUCGAGACCCGGGGCCCAACUCUCGAGGAGAUCGCCAAGAUCUUCGACGGCGACAAUGCGAUCCCUCACACCGACCUGCACCAGAUCGAGAAGGAGAUUCACACGGCCGAUCACGAGGACGAGCUUGUGCGGGCCGAGUCGAGGAAGGCCGCCAACUAG